AUGGAUUCCAUGCUUCCUUUACAGGUUUUGGUCUCAACAAGUACCUUGGCAUGGGGAGUGAACCUACCAGCUCACUUAGUUAUUAUAAAGGGAACGGAAUAUUUUGACGGGAAAACCAAAAGAUAUGUUGACUUCCCUCUUACUGAGAUCUUGCAAAUGAUGGGACGUGCAGGGCGUCCGCAAUUCGACCAACAUGGGAAAGCGGUCAUUCUUGUACAUGAACCUAAAAAGAGUUUUUACAAAAAGUUCUUGUACGAACCAUUCCCCGUAGAAAGUAGCUUGAAAGAGAAGCUGCACGAUCACUUCAACGCAGAAAUAGUAUCUGGAACAAUAGGCAACAAAGAAGAUGCAGUGCAUUAUCUUACAUGGACGUAUUUGUUCCGUAGACUGAUGGCUAAUCCUGCUUACUAUGGGCUAGAAGGUACUCAAGACGAAACAGUCUGUUCCUACUUAUCAAGAUUGGUGCAGAACACAUUUGAUGAUCUUGAAGACAGUGGAUGCCUCAAAGUAAAUGAAAAUAGUGUGGAGCCUAUGAUGCUGGGUACAAUAGCGUCACAGUAUUACCUUUGCUACAUGACCGUGUCUAUGUUUGGCUCUAAUAUAGGUUCUGACACAUCGCUUGAGGCAUUUUUGCAUAUCUUGGCUGGUGCUUCUGAGUAUGAUGAACUUCCUGUGCGGCACAAUGAGGAAAAUUACAACAAAACACUGUCAGAUAAAGUUCGGUAUCCCGUGGAUAAUAACCAUCUAGAUGAUCCUCAUGUCAAAGCGAAUCUGCUCUUCCAG